AUGUCUAAAUUGACUAAUUGUUUUCCAUAUACAUCAAUUUUGGUACCAUUUGCUGCAAUUAAAUGGAGCAAUGAUGCUGUUCUAGCAAAUUUGAAAGUUAAGUUUUAUGACUCUGUUUUAAGGAUAGAACAUGUAGUAGGAAAUGGAUCUUCUGGUGUUGCAUUGGAAAUAAAGAUUGCAAAUGCUGAAUAUUUUGAUGAAGCUGGAGUGAAUGCUCAUUGUGAAAAUAAUCAGUGUAAUGCUGAUAAAAAUACUUUUGAAUCUCGAGCAUAUGCAUUUAAAAAUGUGGUAUUUGAAGGAGUUAGUCUGUAUACAGCAGAAUUCAUGAAACAGUCUAGAACUAUACCUCCUCCUAAGCAAGGAUUUCCUUCAGACUAUGUGGAUCCAUCCCAAUUUGUACCAGGAUCACCUGAAAUGCCACCUACACAUUCCAGUCUCCCAGUGAAGAAAUCAGAGCCUGAAGUGCAGAAUGAUCCUGUAUUAAUAUCGAAAUUUCCUGGCCAACAAAAAUUGAGACUCCAAUUAAAACAAAAUGAAGCUGUUAUAGGACCUAAAGUCGAUGUAGAAUUUAAUUUAGGUGCUUUUAAUUUAUUUUUGACUCCUCAGCAAGUGCAUAUGUUAUAUGAAUUGAUGAGUGGCUUCAUAAAGCCAAGUAAGGCAAUUAACUAUUAA